AAUAAUGAAGCGGCUGCACGAUAUCGAAAACGACAAAGGGAAAUAAGAGAAGAAAGUGAGAACGAAUUGAAGAAGUUACUUAGGAAGAACAAAGAGCUGAAGCAACAGAUUGAGCAAAUGCAAUCGGAACAACAUUUGGAUGAGUAUGAGCAUCUGAAGAAUACGAAAUCAUCCGAUGAAAUCAUGGUGGUGGGAGAGACGAAUGGAUUGAACAAUGAACUGAUGGGAGGGGGUAGAGCUCUAAUCCAGUCUCUGUGCCGAGACAAUUCAGCCGAAAUGCGUGGAUUUAUGAUACACUUGAUCACUGCUGCAACAGUGAUCACUUAUGAUUAG